AUGAUUUUUAACAGUUCCAACAACGACAAGCUUGAAGAGGAUAGCAGCAGCUACUCGAACACUAAAGAUAACAGCUUGGUACUGUCACUUCUGACAAACCUUUUGCCGUCUUUGGAUCAUUCCUGUGCACGAACAAGUUCUUCCUUCCGACCUCCUCUGUCUUUUGAGGAUCCAUUCGAUGAUCCAGACAUGGAACCUUUGCCUUUAAAGUCACAAGGUCUAUCCACUCAUACUACGCCCUACUUUGAUCUCCGGAGCGAGCCAAAUGAAACCAACCCUCGACAAGAAGGCAAAAGAACCUGCGAAAAAGACUUCUUCGCCCACAACGGGGAUAUUGGAUUUUUACAGGUCAAACGGCAACGAACGAGUCAACUGCCAACCAUACUUGACGAAGAAAGCGCAGCUCGCUUUCGCCCUUACCAAGAGAAGCAAUGGAGGGAUCAGUUUCAAAAGCUGAUUCAAUACAAGCUGAAGAAUGGACACUGUUGCGUUCCUCACUCUUAUUCGAAAGACCCAAUCCUUGCUCGAUGGGUCAAGCGACAACGGUACCAAUACAAGAAGUUCAGCGAUAACAAUCCUACAUCUACGAUGACUACUCGUCGCAUCCAAGAACUUGAAUCUAUUGGCUUUAUAUGGCAAUCGCAUGCCUCCGCGUGGCUAGAAAAGCUCAAUGAUCUCAAAGUCUUCAAGCAAAGAAUGGGUCACUGCAACGUUCCAUCUCACUAUCCAGAGAAUGCGUCACUCUCCACUUGGGUAAAGUGUCAACGUCGUCAAUAUAAGCUUUACACUUCUGGGGCCUCAUCAAGCAUGACAUUGGAACGAUACCAUGUAUUGCAAUCCUUGAGCUUUGUGUUUGAACCGCAACUGUCUAAAUAA